GGGGAAACGUAGAGGUGGGGGGGAGCCCCGUUGUUUUGAUGGAAAAAGUCCCUAUCGGAAUCUCUGGACUUCUCUUUGCAAUCCAGCUCCAAACUGGCGCUAAGUCUCCGAGUUCCCAUUGCACGCGCCUCCUACAACCACGAAGCACCCUCUCCAUUCUCCAUCAGGAAGAGUGCAAAGAAAUACCGCUUGUUGUUGUGUUUCUGGAAAGUAGCAGAAUGACGUCGGUGUCACAUUCUAGAUCAUCUUCAGCUUGGAGUGGAGAGGAAUCUUCUGCAAUGCAGCCCGCUCAGGCUCCAGGCUCCUUUAGGGAGGUGGCUGUGUAUUUCACCUGGGAGGAAUGGGCCCUCCUGGAUCCAGGCUCAAGAGCUCUGUACAGGGACGUCAUGCUGGAGAAUUAUGGGAUGGUGGCCUCUCUGGGUUUUCCAGUUCCGAAACCUGUCCUCAUCGCCUGGCUGGAAGGAGGAGGAGAGGAUCCAUCUGGGUGGGGCUCCAAAGGAGUAGAGAGACCGGCACGUAGCUGCGUAGGAGCCCAGAGCGGUGUACUACAUACUUAAGUUUCUCCUCACACCAACCCUGUGAAGUAGGUUAGGCUGUGAAAGAAGUGACUGGCCCAGAGUCACCCAGCAAGUAUCAUGGCUGAAUGGGGAUUUGAACUCGGGUCUCCCUGGUCCUAGUCCAGCACUCUAACCACUACACCACGCUGUUUAGUAGGACUUUGUGACAGCUGUUGUUUUACUUUCUGUGUGUGACUGCAAUUCCUAAAUAUCUGUUCCUGGAACUUAGAUUUCAAUAUGUGCCGCCUAUAGGGGAUCUGGGCAUCUUAAAUAUUCUUGUAACUAAGCUAAGUGUUUUUAAGUGCAUCCAAAAAGCUGUAAACUAAUCCCCACUAGUUGGUAGCAACUUAAUAAAAAGUUUUCCUCUGUUUUCACAAACCCUCACAGAGGGCUUGCUUAACUCACAGUAGAGGGGGAGAAAAGGGUUGGGGCUAGGAGCCUCUAG